AUGGAGAACGCUCACAUGAAGCUCCCGGCGGAGUGCCUGACGCACUUCGGGGUGAACGAGGUCACCGGCCUGACCCCCGACCAGUUCAAGAAGAACCUGGACAAGUAUGGCUACAAUGAGUUGCCGGCUGAGAUUGGUAAGAGUGUGUGGGAGCUGAUCGUGGAGCAGUUCGAGGACCUGCUCGUCAGGAUCCUGCUGCUGGCUGCCUGCAUCUCUUUUGUGCUGGCCUGGUUCGAGGAAGGUGAGGAGACCAUCACCGCCUUCGUGGAGCCCUUCGUCAUCCUCCUUAUCCUGAUCGCCAAUGCCAUCGUCGGAGUGUGGCAGGAACGUAACGCUGAAGACGCCAUUGAGGCUCUUAAGGAGUACGAGCCCGAGUUGGGAAAAGUCUACCGUUCCGACAGGAAGAGCGUGCAGAUUAUCAAGGCCAGAGAGAUUGUCCCUGGUGAUAUUGUGGAGGUGUCCGUUGGUGACAAAGUCCCCGCUGAUAUCAGACUUGUUUCCAUCAAGUCCACCACCCUGCGUGUUGACCAGUCCAUCCUCACUGGUGAGUCCGUCAGUGUGAUCAAGCACACUGAGUCCGUCCCAGACAUCAGAGCUGUCAACCAGGACAAGAAGAACAUGCUUUUCUCUGGCACCAACAUCGCCGCUGGCAAGGCCAUCGGUGUGGCUGUGUCCACCGGAGUCUCCACUGAGAUUGGCAAGAUCCGUGACCAGAUGGCCGCCACUGAGCAGGAGAAGACUCCUCUGCAGGCCAAGAUGGACGAGUUCGGCGAGCAGCUGUCCAAGGUCAUCUCCCUGAUCUGCGUUGCUGUCUGGGCCAUCAACAUUGGCCACUUCAACGACCCCGUCCACGGAGGCUCAUGGAUCCGUGGAGCCGUCUACUACUUCAAGAUCGCUGUGGCUCUGGCCGUGGCUGCCAUCCCUGAGGGUCUGCCCGCUGUCAUCACCACCUGCCUGGCCCUCGGUACCCGCCGUAUGGCUAAGAAGAACGCCAUCGUCAGAAGCCUGCCCUCUGUGGAGACCCUCGGCUGCACCUCCGUCAUCUGCUCCGACAAAACUGGAACCCUCACCACCAACCAGAUGUGUGUGACCAAGAUGUUCAUUGUCAAGAAUGUUGAUGGCGAGCAUGUUGACCUUGAUGCCUUCGAUAUCUCUGGAUCUAAGUACACCCCCGAGGGCGAGGUUUCCCAGGGCGGUGCCAAGACCAACUGCAGCUCUUACGACGGCCUGGUUGAGCUGUCCACCAUCUGCUCCCUGUGCAACGACUCCUCUCUGGAUUACAACGAGAGCAAGAAGGUCUUUGAGAAGGUCGGUGAGGCUACUGAGACCGCCCUGUGCUGCCUGGUUGAGAAGAUGAACGUGUUCAACAGCAACGUGAAGAACCUCACCAAGAUUGAAAGAGCCAACGCCUGCUGCUCCGUGAUCAAGCAGCUCAUGAACAAGAAGUUCACCCUGGAGUUCUCCCGUGACAGGAAGUCCAUGUCCGUGUACUGCACCCCCACCAAGGGUGACGGUGGCGCCAAGAUGUUCGUGAAGGGAGCCCCAGAGGGCGUGAUUGACAGGUGCGCAUAUGUGCGUGUUGGCACCACCCGCGUGCCCCUGACCAGCACCAUCAAGGAUAAGAUCCUGGCUGUCAUCAAAGACUGGGGUACCGGCCGUGACACCCUGCGUUGUCUGGCCCUGGCCACAUGCGACACCCCAAUGAAGCCAGAGGAGAUGGUUCUUGAGGACGCAACCAAGUUCGCCGACUACGAGACUGGUAUGACCUUUGUUGGCUGCGUGGGUAUGCUGGAUCCCCCCCGUAAGGAGGUCAUGGGCUCCAUCGUUCAGUGCAGACAGGCUGGAAUCCGUGUCAUUAUGAUCACUGGUGAUAACAAGGGAACCGCCAUCGCUAUCUGCCGUCGUAUUGGCAUCUUCAAGGAGGACGAGGAUGUUUCCGACAAGGCCUACACCGGCCGUGAGUUUGACGAUCUGCCCAGCAGUGAACAGGGAGAGGCCGUGCGCAGAGCUUGCUGCUUUGCCCGUGUGGAGCCAGCCCACAAGUCCAAGAUUGUGGAGUUCCUGCAGAGUUACGAUGAUAUUACAGCUAUGACUGGUGAUGGUGUGAACGAUGCCCCUGCCCUGAAGAAGGCCGAGAUCGGCAUCGCCAUGGGCUCUGGCACUGCUGUUGCCAAGUCUGCCUCUGAGAUGGUCCUGGCUGACGACAACUUCUCUUCCAUUGUGGCUGCUGUUGAGGAGGGCAGAGCCAUCUACAACAACAUGAAGCAGUUCAUCCGCUACCUCAUCUCCUCCAACGUUGGUGAGGUCGUCUGUAUCUUCCUGACUGCCGCCCUCGGUCUGCCCGAGGCCCUGAUCCCCGUCCAGCUGCUGUGGGUCAACCUGGUGACUGACGGUCUGCCCGCCACCGCCCUGGGCUUCAACCCCCCAGAUCUUGACAUCAUGGGCAAGCCCCCACGUUCCCCCAAGGAGCCCCUGAUCUCUGGCUGGCUGUUCUUCAGAUACAUGGCCAUCGGUGGAUACGUCGGUGCCGCCACUGUCGGAGGUGCUGCCUGGUGGUUCAUGUACGAUACCUCCGGUCCCGGUAUCACCUACUACCAGCUGUCCCACUUCAUGCAGUGCUGCGAUGAGAACGAGGACUUCGCCGGCCUGGACUGCCACGUCUUUGAAGCCGCUCCCCCCAUGACCAUGGCCCUGUCUGUGCUGGUCACCAUUGAGAUGUGCAACGCCCUCAACAGCUUGUCUGAGAAUCAGUCUCUGCUGCGUAUGCCCCCAUGGAGCAACUGGUGGCUGCUUUCCGCCAUGACCCUGUCCAUGUCCCUUCACUUCAUGAUCAUCUAUGUUGACCCCCUGCCCAUGAUCUUCAAGUUGACCCAUCUUGGUGUUGACCAGUGGCUCAUGGUCCUGAAGCUUUCCUUCCCCGUCAUCUUGAUUGAUGAGGUCCUGAAGUUCGCCGCCCGUAACUACGUUGAGAGUUUACCUCAAAAACAGUUGGAUAAACCAAAUGUGACCAUUUGCACAAGCUGGAUAAACAAAAAAUAAUGCGGAUCCCAAAGUCCGACUGAAACACGUCAUGCAUCGAUCGAAUGACUAGCAGUAAGUUCUGGAGGGAAAUAUGAUACAGAAGAUGAAAUAAAAAUAUAUAGGUUGAAAUUCUCUUUGUGAAAAGUCACUUCUCUUCUGAUUUACCACAACCUUUUCUUCAGAGGUAAGCUAUUAACUGGUUUAGAAGCUUUGUUUACAGAGAGAUGUUCAGUUUCAAUGUAAAAUGACACUGAGGAAUGUGAAUUAAUCUGCUUACACUCUCCACGAAUGAACUUGUUGACAUAGCCGUCCCAGGGGCCCGGCUCCGGCUGGGUCAGAUUCAUCUUGUCAAAGUGGAAGUAGCUCACCACAUUGUCUUUGGCAUUGCGUGCCACGUAGAUCGUCUGAAGGGAUUGACAACAGCAAUACAAAGAACAGGUCAUUUAAGGAGACCAUUGCAUAACGACAUUGUAUAGUUAACUACCCUCUCACACGAUUUACGUGCAUUGUGUCAUGCAUCAGGAAGCAACACAGUUCACUGCAGGAGCUUCACUCUCAGCACAAGCUCUCAGGUGUCGAGUCUUACUUUGCACUUGCUUUCCCAAAAUCCAGUUGGCACCAAUUGAAAAGGAAGGUGUGUCUUGAUAAUUCUCGGCGGAUCCAUUUUUGACAGAAGCUCAAGACCUGAGACAUAUCAUGAUCAGAAUUUGAUUUGACGUGCAGGACCAAAGUGGAGAAUUUGCUAAGACGGACAAAAAACAAUAUCUUUGAGGUUUAAAGUCACAGAUAGAAACAAACACCUCCCAAACUAAACCACAAGAAAACUACCUGUGUUGAAUCAUGUGAAUAAAAUCAAACAUACACACAUCAUCAUAACAACCUCGUGAACACACACCUGAGGGAAUGGGCGGGGGGGAGAAGAUCUCCAGGAAAGGACUGCGGACGGGCGUCGGGGCUCGUUUGCAGAACUCGGCAUCUCCGUUAUGAAGAAGCAGGUCAACAAUCUCCUGAGUCCACGUGGUCCCUUGAUUCCACAAAUCACAGAAAAUAACACUGAGCUGAAUGAAAAAGUCCCUCGAGGGUUUUUGAGGAAAAUUCUAUCUGACAUCAAACUGCCGUCGUACAGGUUUGUUCAUUCAGACCUAAAAACAGCAAAUUGGAUUUUCCUCCCUUUUAAGAAGCUCAGUUAGCCCUCACUCUUCACCAGACAUGUUAUGUCAUGAUUUAAUUCAAUUAAUGUUCUUUUCACGUUUGUUUUGUCAUCUGAUUUGCUUCAUUGCUCUUUGUGUUCUACAAACUUUGCUUCGGUGAAGGAAGAAGAGUUUUAUACUGUUGCUUGACGUGUGAGCAGCAUGUUCAUUUGAACUGUUUCUUAAGGCCAUUAUUUUAUUUAAUUAAAUGUAUCAAAAGCUGUCAAUAAAUGAAGUGGGGUAAAAUUUCCUCCAGUUUACAUGUGUAUAUAUCAAUCCAUGGAAGUAUAAAGCAGUAGAAGUUUUAAAUACACAACCAAAGUGUAAAUCUAAUUAAAUGUAAUAAAUGACGAGAUGCCUUGUCCAGCACUGAUAACUCACUCAGAGAUUUACUGCAUAUGAACAAGGCUGCCUCUGGCAGCAGCUGUCUCAGUACCUGCUUUGGGGUAGGUGGCGAUGAAGAUGUCCGAGGGGUCCGGACGAAAAGCCUGGAUAGAGUCAAAGUUGUUGGCGAUGUAGUUCAUGAGAGGAAUCCCUCUGAUCGGGAUGAGAGGGAAGCGAGAGAUGGAGUCGUUGGCCUUCUGAAUGGCCUCGCUGUAGGAUACCUCUUCCUGCUCGGACAUGGCUGACACUUUCAAGAAGAAGCCAAGAAGCAGAAGCUAAAAAUUCAACUGCAAAGUGAUCCAAGCAACAGCAGUGGGCCGGUUCUUCUGGGAGAUCCUCUCUCAGCUGCAGCUACCAAGCCUUUGUCAAACAUUCACUGUUGACUAGUUUUCAAAUUCCAACGUGGGAAACCUCUUCCUGUUUUGUCCGGCCCACGAUCCUUGUGUUUGAAUCCUGGUCACUCCUCCGUGUGGGUCCUCUUGGGUCUGCUGCUCACAGCUGUCCUGGUUUUGUCUCCUCUUGCUUCAAACCCCUCUCCAACAUCUGUAUCCAAUAGCAGGAAACUCUCUGCAGUCUCUCCUGAAAACAAUCCCUCCCGGCUGAGUGUCCAAGUCCCUUCCUAUCCGUUCUCCCCUUCGCCCCUCUGUCUAUCUUUGUAGCCGUGUGAGUGCUUGUUCCAGGUUCUUAUCUGUGUGUGAUUCCUGAAACCUGCAGAGCCAGACCUACAUUAAAGUGCCCUUGCGUAACAUUCCACGUUACGUAUGAAUUCCACUUUUGUCCACAAUACUAUCCCAACUGCUUUCUCUGUAAUUAGAGAAAGGGGAAAAGGGAGGGUCCUAACAGAGCUCAACCAACUUUCAGAACAUUUCCUCUGCUUGCGCCACAAAUCAUCAUGUUACAACAGGCAGUGGUCGUAGAUGUUGCAACAGUUACAACAUGACAACAACAGUUAUUUAAGUCUAACUUGUGUUUCAGGCCCUUUACAAUGUCUUGGUCUUUUUACCAAAGAAGACAGCUGAUGUCACAGUAAAGGGCUUGAAUGUGUGUCACCAAUAAAAACUACUUUUUGAGAGAGACAGGAAAUGUGCAGACGCUGCUGCUGAAAAACCUUUGGACCUAAACUCCAUGACCUAACUUCUAUUCCUAUUUUAGCCUUUGUAAGCCUAAAUUCUUAUAUCUUGAGCUGCAGCAUAUCUUCCUUGAUAUGCACGUAUCGUGUAUAUAUGAUAUGCACUGAUAUGUAUUCAUACUGUACAUAUUCAUAGUGCUGUUUGCUUAGUUCAUCCAGAGGCUGCUGCUUUGAAUUCACAUUCCAGGAGUUUCACGCUCGAUUUCCUGCCAAAGCUCUGAGAAUAAGCUCAGCUCUGCAGUUCCCUGAAACCUUAUACACAGGAAGAGAAGAGUUUAUUUCACUGGCUGAAAACUUACUGAGAUAAAUGUAAAGUUUAGAGCAACCUGGAAGAUUAUGUUUGAAUUUGAAUGCAAGUGGAUGUUUACGAUAAAAGCAAAGAGUUAUAAUUCCAAGAGUUCACUUGUGUUUACUUGUGUUUACUUGUUUUUCUACGGGAAUGAGGAAAGUAAAAACAAACCAAACUUCUGCAGAUGAGUGGAUUUAGCUAAUUGGUCAUUUCUGAUCUCACUAUCAAGCAAC